GGCUGGAGGAGCAGGAAGGGCGCAAGGCCCCGCAAGCCCACACCUGGGCUUGGGCCUGAGGCUCCAAGAAGGCCCACCCUGGAGAAGCGGUCCCACGCCGACCUCGGGGCCGACGGAGGGCGGGGUUGGGGGAGGCGGGAGCAGUAGAGGAGGCCGCCUUCGCUUGCUAGAGGCGCCAGCCCGGAGUCCGCUCUGGCUGUAUUUCGUCUCUAUGGCGGUCGCAACGGCCUAGCCCGGCGCGGAGCAGCAUGAGUGCGGGCGCCGAGGGCGCGGAGGCUAGUGGUUCCGUGCCUGCCGCGCGGUCCCCAGGGGGCAGUCCCGGAGGGGAUGGCUUCUCCCCGUCGGUGCUGGGGACCCGAGAACACUGGGAUGCUGUCUAUGAGAGAGAACUGCAAACUUUCCAACAAUAUGGAGAUACAGGAGAAAUCUGGUUUGGAGAAGAGAGUAUGAAUCGACUAAUAAGGUGGAUGCAAAAGCACAAGAUUCCAUUGGAUGCUUCAGUGCUUGAUAUUGGAACUGGAAAUGGUGUUUUCUUGGUUGAACUUGCAAAAUUUGGUUUCUCUAAUAUUACUGGAAUUGAUUACUCUUCUUCUGCAAUACAGCUUUCUGGAAGUAUCAUAGAGAAAGAAGGUUUAUCUAACAUUAAGUUGAAGGUAGAAGACUUUUUGAAUCCUUCUACAAAGCUGUCUGGAUUUCAUAUUUGUAUUGACAAAGGGACUUUUGAUGCCAUAAGCCUUAAUCCUGACAAUGCAGUUGAGAAGAGGAAGCAGUAUGUGAAAUCUCUCUCCAGGGUGUUGAAAGUGAAAGGCUUUUUUCUAAUAACCUCAUGUAAUUGGACCAAGGAAGAGUUGCUAAAUGAAUUCAGUGAAGGAUUUGAACUUUUUGAAGAGCUGCCUACACCCAAGUUCAGCUUUGGAGGCAGAUCUGGAAACAGUGUAGCAGCAUUGGUUUUCCAAAAACAGGAGACUUCUCAUUGGACAAAUUCAGUUAGCUUUUAAAGAGGAAGCUCCAUAUCAAAGUAAACAUGACACAGAAAACUCAAGUACAAAAAAAUGCUUAGUAAGUCCACAGGAUGCACAUGUUGGAAAGAUUUAAUGGAUUGGUAAAAAUAUGAACAUGUAAGUGGUUGGGUAUUAGAGAUCAACCAAGAAUAAUUUCAAAUUUUCUUUUGUAUUUGAAAUGUAAAUAUUUUUCCUUUUGAUUAAAAAAUUUUCCUGUACUUGCUGAACACUUAAAAACUUUAAAGCAGUAAAUGCAUUUACAGAA